AUUACGAAUAAUGCUGUCACUACUUAGGAAAAGUGGUACUAUUGUGAAGGGUACAAACAAGCAAACCAUGAGAUAGCUUUGUGGUCAUUAAUAUAACUUGAUGAGCAUUUAAUCAGGAGUAGUUAUUAGCAAACACACAUUAAACCUGCACUAUUUAACUCUUACACAGCCAUCCUCUUUCUUCAAACCUGUUUCUGACUGUUACACUGCAACUAUCACUGUUGUUGAUAUGAUCUGAGUGUCAUUCAGUCAGUAAACCCUGUGGUGUGGCGGCUGCCUCUCCCCAGCAUGGCACCCAGCCUGUCCACAGCGUACCGGAGACGGUGGUGGAUGGCCGUGACCGCGGUCAUCGAGAACCUGCUCUUCUCCGCCGUGCUGCUGGGAUGGGGCUCGCUGCUCAUCAUGCUGAAGAAGGAAGGCUUCUACUCCCACCUGUGUGCAGAGAACCAGACAGGCGGCAGCAACCUGACGUCCCUGGAGAGCGGGGAGUGGCAGAGCUGUGUGGACCAGGAGGAGAUGCUCAACCUGGGCUUCACAAUCGGCUCCUUCCUGCUGAGCGCCGCAACACUUCCACUGGGCAUCCUCAUGGACAGAUACGGGCCCCGUCCUCUCAGGCUGACCGGCAGUGCGUGUUUCGCUGCCUCCUGUGCCAUGAUAUCUGCAGCAGCCUAUAAUCCUGAAGUACUGUCGCCCAUCAUCUUCCUCGCUGUGUCCUUCAACGGCUUCGGAGGAAUCUGCCUCACUUUUACCUCACUUACUCUGCCAAACAUGUUUGGAAACGUGCGCUCCACCAUCCUCUCCCUGAUGAUCGGCUCGUAUGCGUCCUCUGCUGUGACCUUUCCAGGUGUCAAGCUGAUAUACGACCUGGGUGUGUCCUUCCGGGUCAUCAUGUGGGUCUGGUCUGGGAUGGCCUGCCUGGUGUUCCUCAACUGCUUCCUGAACUGGCCCGCAGAGUCCUUCCCUGCGCCAGAAGACAUCCGAUACACGAAAAAGGUGAGGCUGAGUGGCGUAAUGAUAGAGGACAAGAUGACAGGGGACAGGUCCUCCUACACCCAUGUGUCCACCGUGGAGACCACCAACAGCCCCCAAGUAGACGAGCCCACCCAACCCGGCUCACAGCCGCAGGGCGCUGUUCCCCUCUCUCACUCCGUCUGCUCUCCCAUCUUCCUGUGGAGUCUCAUCACCAUGGCGAUGACCCAGCUCAGGCUCAUCUUCUUCAUGGGAGCCAUGAACAAGAUGCUGGAGUACCUGGUCACCCACGGCGAACCGUAUCCAUCUGAAGAGCUGCUUCUGCAGUCCGAGGAACAAGUGGGGUUCUACUCUUCCAUAUUUGGCUCUCUGCAGCUGCUGUGCCUGCUGACCUGCCCCCUGAUUGGCUACAUCAUGGACUGGAGGCUGAAGGAGUGCGAGGAAGAAGAGGCGGACGUCCUCGCUCUCACAGAAAAAAUCCAAUCAGUUUCCCCAAAGAGAGACAAGAAAAUCCAAAAAUUAACCAACGCUCUGAGAGCGUUCAUCUUCACCAAUCUGCUGCUCGUCACAUUUGGAAUUAUUUCUUUGAUUGACAACUUGCCCAUACAGGUGGUGUCGUUCGUCCUCCACACGGUGGUCCGAGGCUUCAUCCACUCCUGCUGUGGGGGUCUGUAUGCGGCCGUCUAUCCGGCCAACCACUUUGGGACGCUGACCGGUAUGCAGUCUAUGGUCAGUGCCUUGUUUGCUCUGCUCCAGCAGCCUUUGUUCAUGCUGAUGGUGGGACACCUAAACGGAGACCCGUUCUGGAUCAAUGUCAGCCUGCUCGGUUUCUCUUUGGCUGGCUUCCUGCUGCCUGGCUACCUGUUUUAUCACCGUAGAAAUCUGUCGAAGGAGAAGAAGAAGCGGGACCAAUUAUCAAACAAAGAGAAGACCCCUCUGAAUGUAGCGAACCCAAGCAAUGCUGGAGUCCUAGUCAAAGGUCACACAACCAACGGACAAGCUGCCAAUGGACUCACGGCAUAGACCAGCUCUGCUGUUUUGAGAUAGGUGGAAUAGCAUCCGGUAUUGGCCAGAGAUAUGGACUCAAGUCACAUGACCUGGACUCGAGUCAGACUCGAGUCAUGAUUUUGAUGACUUCAGACAAAAUGACGCAUGACUUGCGACUCGACUUAGACUUGACUGCUAUUGAAUUGAGACUUGACUCGGACUUUGCCUCUUUGACUUGUAAUGACUCGAACUGUCUUGAGUCAAAAACAUUUAUUGUUUUAGUUAUCUAACAUAUUUCCUGCCUGGAGGGCUAGACUCCCAAGACGCAUUCAUUUCCGUGAAGAUGAAAAAAAAACAGCUAGCGAAGACAAAUCUACACUUGUAUCUUCAAUAAUUUCAAAACAUAAUUUCGAUAUAAUUUAUGCUUUCUUCAGAAUUCGCAGUUAAAGUUUCAUAACGGCUUUGUUUCAGUUGGUCUCAUUGAUUUACGUUGACGCUGGGGGUGAGGACGUUCAGCAGUCUUGCCAAAUUGGGUGGUUUUUGCCGCCCUAUUGGGCUACAUUUUGAGGAUGUUAAGGCAGUGUUGCCAUAUUGGGCGGUUUUUCCCACCCUAUUGGGCUACUUUUCACAACAUAAGAAUUUUGGCGCAUGCGCAUAUCAUAACACAUUUGAAGACAGAAACAAUGACCAUAUUAUAACUCUAUUGAUAAGAAAUGGGCUCUCAAGUCUCACACAUUCGGCGUGAGACACACGCAAUUCAACCCAUGCACAGGCUGACACGCCACACUUCGUGUUUCUCACGCAGAGAAAUUACCAGGAUAGCGCCCACCAAUUUGCGCCGCUAUUUAACGCUUCGUGCCCACUGCACCGUCACGCCUCGUGCCCACUACCUCCGUCCGUUGACUGAUCCCCAUUGACUUUGAAUGGGGACGGACGCGCAAUGCAUUGUGGAUCCGUACGUUCCGUUGGAGCCUUCGGCUCCAUCAAAAAGUUGAAACAUUUUCAACUUUUUCGGCAGCGACGGAUCCGUCAUCCAAUCAGAUCGCGUAUGCAAAUUUAAGCACUGUGACGCGACUCGGGCUCUGACGAUACUGGAAAGCGGGAAAGCGGGUCAUCUUGCAUCGCAACAAGCAGGAAGAAGCGGGAAGAACCCGGCGAAGUGAUUUGAUUGGCUGACGGAUGCCUCUGCAAAGACUACUCCCCCAUCCGUCAGCCACGCCUUCCCACGUCCGUUGACUGACGGUGCAGUGGGCACGAAGCGUUAGUCAAUGGGGAUCAGUCAACGGAUGGAGGUAGUGGGCACGAGGCGUAAGAGUGGAACAGGUAGGAAUCAAAUGGAUUUCCCGUACAUAGGGUAACCAGACGUCCUCUUUUGCCCGGACAUGCCCUCUUUUUGAGGCAUUUAAAAAAAAAUGUGUGGCGGAAUUUCAAAUCGUCCGGGAUUUUAUUAAAGCCUCAUACAUGUUCACAUUGAAUUGGCGUUGCGUUUCUCUGGGUCGUUAACAAACUAGUUAGGCUACGCCCUCCCCUACUCAGUUCUGUUCGCUUUGCAUAGGUGGAAGUGAGUAGGAGGAGUGGUUAAGUAGAGCCUUCAGAUUGGACGGUUUGACUUACUUAGUUACCGUCAUGUUUUGUAUUUAUUUGCUUUACCAUUAUUCUUUUAUAGGGGCAAACAUUAACAAAUUUCUCCUACAGGGGAUUGAUAAAGUUCUAUCUAUUGAACAGAAAGAAACACUUGGUCAUACUUUAAACACUGUACCACAGCAUUGGCCUACUGAAUGCCAAAGAUAUAUCUUAAGCAUUGGAUUGAAUGCCACAUAAAUAUAUAAUUAUGUUUUUGCACGUUUGCAACGUUCAAAAGUUCAGGGGAAAGUAUAUGUCUCUACUGGUGUUGCUUAAGCCAAUAGCCUUUUGAGGCAGUGUUGUUUCUGAAUAUUAGUGUGAAGGGCCAAUAAUGCUUACUAUCAUGCAUUAGUCACCAUGUCACAUUUGUAUGCAGUUACAUGUUAAUAUCCCCCCCCCCCCCCCAACAAAAUCUCACUCUUAACUCAGUUCAAAACUUGAGAGCCCUGUGACACUGUACAUUAGAGUGAUAUGUUGCAAGUAUUAUCAAUAGCCUAAUAAUGACAGUAAGAAAAAAACAUGGUGAUCUGUUCAAGACUUUGGAAAGUUUGGGACUUGGACUUGGACUCGACUUGACUUUGGUGUGACUUUGACUUGGACUCGACUUGCCUUUCCCUGUCUUGACUUGGGACUCGACUCGGACUUGACUGCUAAGACUUGGGCUCACUUGGGACUUUGUCCCAUCUCUGGUAUUGGCUUUAUCAUAUCCGGUCAAUAGGGUGCAAUAAUUCCCAUCACAAUGGCUUCAGAAAGCAGGCUUCACACACAGACAAAACUAAGUAAUUCUUCAUGGACUAGUGGGGUUUUAUUUUAUUAAAAGACACGAAAGAUAACCUUGUGGUUCAUCCUGGACGGGUUCACAUUUCAGUUUCUCGCUGAAGAUCAGUUUGGCCUCGCUCCCUUAAAACUACCAAAUCCCAGAAAGACGACAAACAGCACUCAUAACCACUUAAGUGCACCAAUUCUAAAUGCUUUAUCUGAAAUUCACUGAAUAGCAAUGUAAAAUAAGACGUUUGCGCUGAAGACUUUUCAAAGAGGGAUAUAUGUUUUUGCUUUUCUUCCGAUUGGAUUCAUCAAUAGCAAAGUGAGCCAGAGCUUCACUCCUUCUUUGAUUCUGAGGAGAGUUGUUUACAGCGUAAGGCUUAUAGACGUUCCUAAAACAUUCUCUCCCUAGCGCUGAUUGGUCCAUCUGCUUUUUAGGUUUUGAAAGUUGGUUCAUGGGAGUGAGGUCAGACAGUUAAUUAGCAGGAAACUGAAGAAUAAACUCGCAAGUUCAGGAUUAUCUCAAAAGGUUGGGGAAAAGAUCAGACCCAGGCGGCAGGAUUGACCAGACAAGGGGGCAUCAGAAAUGACAGAGGGCACAACUGUCCCCCUCUGUCUUAUGACUCUGUCUAGCAACAAGAAUAUGGGCUGUCUCGCCACACUAGUGCCGUAAUACGCUGUGUAUGACCACAGCAGACACUGGUCAGCCUGCCCGCCCUCAUUGAUGUAAUGCAAAACAAGCACCUAUUCUACCGAAGGAAACAACGUUGACAUCACUGUAGCAUAGCCAAUUGCUCCCCAACUCCACCUGGGUGACUUCUAUUGGGCUCCUCCCGAUAAAGGGUGGUGAUGUUAGAGAUCCGGGUAGUGUAAAGGUUGCAGUCAAUUAACAUGAUAAUAGUGCUCAACUGCCAUGCAGGAGAUGUCUCCCCAAUGGUGUGUGGAGAUUGCUGGUUUAACCUGUCCACAUUGAUUACUCAAUAUGUAUGUUAUAAGUAUGUAAAUUAUGCAACGACAUGCCGCCUCACCCAGCCCCAGAGUCCAAUCAGACUCGGCCAGGUGAGGCUGCUUAAACCAGCCAUCAUCCACACACACUCCCACAAUCACACCCUCUUCUUGGCAGCAAAGCCAAUGAUGAAAUAAUGUGUACGCUUGUCACUGACAUUUUCCACACAUUUCCAAAAAGCAACAAAACAAUACAUGCUCAAACAGGCUGACUCUUCUGACCCUGACACCUUGAAGAUGUGAUGAACCUCCUCAGCAGUCCCUCCUUCCGUUCCCCAUGGAAUAUGCUUGUAAGGUUCCUCCUUCCUUCCUUGAAUGCCAGGUGAAUCAGCUGUGAUUUCCUUGUGUGCAACAUGCUCUGUCUGUUCUCACUGAAUACUGUUCAAUGUUGAAGAAGAGUUCUCGCAGCUUGCCAUGGAUGCUUUAAAUACUAAUCCCAGCUACAAGGCCAUCAUCCUGUAGGUAUGGAUGCUAGUGAACCGGAGUCUCUAUCGAAGAGAUUCUGUGUAUUCCAUUUUUCAUCUGUAGAUAGGCGAUUUCACUCUUUAGAAACUGGCAUGCAACAGUAAACUACUGCAGAAUUAAAUCUAAAGGCACACAGCAACAAGGUGGCUGUUUCAUUCCUUAAAUCUUGCUGCCAUGUCUCCCUUCACACGAUCCAGAGUGCUGAAAAACUGUAUUUUCCACUCCGUUCAUUGCCCUCCUUCUGUUGACUAACUUUUGUUUCGAUCACAUCAUCUUUCAGAUUUAUACUCGCUACUCCGUGCCGUUUGUUUGGAGAGGGAGUUGGCUGGGUUCAAGGACAUGGAUUUCUCCCACAAUUCUUCAAAAUCAUUCAGGUCGCAGUUGUGUGGGCAUUGCGGAUGACUGGGAUCCCAGUGGAGGGAUCAGUUGCUUCAACUUGAAGUAACUUGUUAGUGGGGGUUGAGCAGGCUGAGGACUGUGGAUCAUGAGGGCAAUGAACUGUUAUAAACUCAGAGUAACCAAUGAAAUGUACUGCUGGAGAGCUGUAGUUGUAUCGCAACCAACUGAUAUUACAGUCCUCUGAAUUCACCAGGUGCCUUCAUUUAUUCUGGCUGUCAAAAAAUAACACUACACCUGUUCCCUGCUUGAUCAAAUCCCGAUUGGUUGAGAUUAACCUCCCAGACAUAAGCAAGGCGAUGUUAAAUUCUGGGAGUGCCCCUCUGCAUUCAAGCAGAAGUGUAUUUCAGGCUCUACCACACAUUAACAUUAGACCACAGAGCAGCACCAUUACUGGUCAAAUAUACACCAAUUGCAUUAUAUUUAUUUUGUGUUUGCUAACUAUUUAAUUUGUUUUGUUCCUUUGUUUGUUCGAUUAUUGCUUUUCCCUUGGACAGAGGCCAUAAAAAUGCUCCUCAAUGGUAAUUGCUUUGAAUAAAUUAGGAAUAUCAGAGAAUGCUUUUCUAUUAAACGGACAAUGUAAUUGCACUGUUGCUGUAUCAUAAUGUCAGGAGUAGCUUUAUGCUACGUAAAUAACUCUGUACAAUAAGUACUGUUAUGUAAUUAUGUCUUUCUCCACUUGAGGCUGGGAGAUCUUUUAUCAUCUAUAGUAGUACAACUUUAUACCCAUCAUGCUAUCUUUUCACCCCCUUUUUUUCCAUACCAAACUAAUGUUUUGUGGCAUAGGUUGGUGACCAUGUUAGAAUUAUCUCGUAAGCGUAAAUAAUAUUUUUUGUCUUAUCAUAUGUAGGCAUGUGAUUCAUACAUAUUUCAAAGUAUAUAUUUUUUUCUUUUGAUGGUGUUGGCUCUUGCUGGCAAUUUUUUUUACUUUUAAGUCCUAGCUCUGUGCUGGUCAGUAAGUAUUUCUUAGUGACUCUUAAGGGGUACUGGUGUAUGUGUACAUCACAAGAAUUAGAAGCUGUUUUAACGGACCAGACCUAACACUUGUUUCCCAUGUCCAUUGAAGGCUGGGUAGUUCAGUAGUGAAUGGAAAGAGAGUCGUCAGAUAGACUUGGGUUAUCUGUGAUGACAUUUGCUCCCCCUCUCGACAACUGUUUCUGUGCAGGCACAGUGUGAGCAAUAAAUGUAUGCAAUUGAUUGUAUCUAGUAGACAGUUAGAAAAAACCUUUUUCUAAAAUCUGGACUUUUUGCUUUUAUUUGCCUUAUGUCUUCUUAUGUAUGCUUACACAAUGCAUAGAUUUUUCGGGAAUUUAUUUUUUUGUCAUUUUUGGGUUUUUAAUUUUCUGCUUUUAUAUGUUGUAAUCUGUAACAUGUUUUAAUGUCCAAAACAUAGUGAUUAAUUGCUAGCAAAUAGGCAUACUAGUUUGUGAAUAGAGCUAUGACACAGAAUCUACAUAGACAGUGAAUAUGAUUUUAUUUUCGACUAACUAACUAAAUUAAUUGUAUGUAUGUGUGUGUUUGUGUUGAAAUGUGUGAACGUUUUUAUGUAUUUAUUUGAUGUAGCUCCCUGCCUUAACAAGGGGACAACAGAAUUGAGUGGUCAUCACAGCACAAAGUGCUCCAAUAAAGAUAGUGUUCAUCA